AUGUCUCGUGCACUUCUCAUCACUGGUGCCACCGGCAAGCAAGGGAGCGCCGUCAUCAACGCCCUUCUUGCCAAGGACACAUCCGACUUUGUUCUUCUCGCAGCCACUCGCAACAAGGAAUCACCCUCUGCAAAGAAACUCGCCGCCAAGUCUUCCAACAUCAAGCUCAUCGAAGGUGACCUCGACUCAAUCCCAGCUCUCUUCCAGGCCGCCAAGCAAGCUGCUGGAUCUGUGCCCAUUUGGGGUGUCUACUCUGUUCAACUCUCCAUGGGUAAGGGUGUCACUCUAGAAGGCGAGGUGCGACAAGGCAAGGGUCUUAUCGAAGAGUCCAUCAAGGCCGGCGUUAAGCAUUUUGUCUACUCCAGCUUUGAUCGCGGUGGUGACGAGAAGUCCUGGUCCGAUGCCACAGUCGUUCCUCAUUUCAAGACCAAGUUUGAGAUUGAGCAUCACCUGCGAGACUCCACCGCCAACGGCAAGAGUUCCAUGAACUGGACUAUCCUACGACCUACCGCCUUUAUGGAGAACCUCGAACCAAUCUUCGCAACCAAGAUCUUCCUUACCAUGAUCCGCGAUACUCUCAAAGACAAGCCUCUUCAGUGGGUCGCUACCGAAGACAUAGGCUUUUUCGCUGCCGAGGCCUUCACCAACCCCGAAGGUUGGAGCAAGAAGGCUAUCAGCAUUACUGGCGACGAGCUUACUUUUGCUCAGCUGAGUGAAGCUUUUGAACACGCCACAGGCGGUCCUGCCGGUACCACAUUCGGCAUCCUUGGAAAGGCCUUGAAGGUUGGCGUGAAGGAGCUUGGAAUCAUGGUCAACUGGUUCAGAGAUGAGGGCUAUGGAGCUGAUCUUGCCAAUGUGCGAAAGUUGAACCCUGGCACUAAGACUAUGGAGGAGUGGGUCAAGACAAGUGCUUUCAUGGCUCAUUAA